UCACUCCCUACUUUCUUUCCCCAAAACAGAGCCUCUCUGUUUCUUCUCACAGACUACGAUCAUCACUUCUCUUUCAGUCUCUUACAACGAUAUCUUGAUUUCAUCAUAACUACGACUACAACCCUUUUUUCUGUCCGAAUUUCGUUUUCCUCUUUGAAUCUAUUUCCGUUGCAGAUACAAUUAGUCGAUGGAUCCUCAGAGCAAGAAGACGAAACAAAGAGGCUGGUCUCUCCCACCUAAGAGAGGCCAGAUCAAGGCUCAAAUCUUCAAGAGAAUCGCCAAGACCGUCAGUUCCGCUGCCUCCACUUCCAUCGAAAUCGUCGGAAUGAAAGUGCACGGCGGAGGUGGCGGUGGAUCAUCAUCAAGCUCUGCCGUCGCCUCUGUUUCCACAACCCCGCCGCCGAGCCCAACCACUCAAAAACGCUCCAACGCCUAGUCGAUUACGGAAUUAGCCCUAAUGGGUUCUCAAAGGGACACUAGUCUCCGUUAAUUAGUAUGUGCUGUGGGGGCCGGCCACCUUGAAUCUGUGUUUUAUGUGCCUGGUUCAGUGGCUCUAAUGGCUUCCUCCUUGCCAAUAAAAUCGUAUUCAUGAUGCUACUGUCACGUUUUGCUUUUAAUGAUGUCAUGUUUAAACGUAAGCCAAACACCAACAUGCCUCUAGCCCUAUUUAGUUCUUUUAUGGCCUAGUUAUCUUAAUAUGGUACGGUCGGUCGGUAACCCAAUAUAUCAAAUACUAAAAUAUCAAAUAAUGUUAUAAAGUUAAU